AUGAGAAUAUUGGUAUAUCGUAAGUACAUAUUUGAUUUUCUGUUCCAGAAAUCCACCCUAAUCUUGGCCGUGGCCAUCAGCCUAGCCACGGCAGAGGAGAAGGCGGAGAAGAAGGCUGAGCUGACCGAGAAGAAACAGGACAAGCGAGGCCUGUCCGACUUCGGAUGGCACGACUUCGGGGGCCAGGAGGCCCACGGCUACGGAGAAAGCCAGGGACACGGGGAAAGCCAUGGCCACGAACACCACGAGGUCCACAAAACUAUCACCACAGUGAAGAAAGUCCCAGUGCCCUACCCCGUGGAGAAACACAUCCCUGUCCCCGUCGAGAAGAUCGUCCACUACCCGGUCAAAGUACACGUACCCCAGCCGUACCCAGUCGUCAAAACUGUACACUACCCAGUUAAAGAAAUCGUCAAAGUGCCUGAGUACAUCAAGAAACCUUACCCAGUUGAGAAGGAAGUGCCUUACCCUGUGAAAGUGCACGUUGACAGGCCUGUAGCCGUCAAGGUUUACGAAAAGGUCCCCUACCCGGUUGAGAAACACAUACCGGUCCCCGUCGAGGUGCACGUACCCCAGCCGUACCCGGUAGAGAAGGAAGUGAAAUACCCAGUGAAGGUUCCCGUUAAGGUGAACGUGCCCUACCCAGUUGAGAAGAUCGUCCACUACCCCGUGAAGGUCCAUGUUGACCGCCCAGUGCCCGUCCAUGUUGAUAAGCCAGUGCCCUACACAGUUGAGAAGAAAGUGCCUUACCCAGUGGAGAAGAAGGUGCCGUACCCCGUGAAGGUGCACGUUGACAGGCCAGUCCCAGUUCACGUUGAGAAGCCUGUGCCCUACACUGUCAAAGUGCCCUACCCCGCGCCUUACCCAGUUGAGAAGCUCGUGCCUUACCCAGUAGAGAAGAAGGUGCCUAUACCCUACCACACCAUAGUGGAGAAGCCAGUGCCAGUUCACAUCGAGAAGCACGUUCCCCACUACGUGGAGAAGCAUGUCCCUCACCCAGUGAAGAUCGGAGUUCCCGUCAUCCAGGAACACCACCAAGAGUCUCAUCAUGGACACCAUGGUAGCGAGAGUUCCGGUCUUGAGGGCCACGGUUAUGAGAGCCACGGUCUUGAAAGCCAUGGUCAGGAAUCUCUAGGAGGAGGUCACCAGGGUCACGAAAGCUCUGGUUACGAAUCUCUAGGAGGAGGUCUUGGGGAGGGUCAUGGGUAUGAACACCAUGAUUUCGGAGGCUACGAGGGUGGACACCAUUAAGGACUGAUCUCUUUGUUGUUUAGCUUGUAAAUGUUAAUUUGUGUAUAGUCAGUUUAAGUAUUGUUUAGUUUUUGCGACUGGUUUGUGUAAAUAGUACGGAGAGUAUUAAAAACGUGAUAUAUUU